AUGUCACAAUCAUUAAAGCCAUAUUUAACAGCAGUAAGAUCAUCAUUAACAGCUGCAAUAUGUUUACAAGAUUUUUCAUCACAAUUAAUAGAAAGACAUAAUAGACCAGAAAUAGAAGUAUCAAAUCAACAUGAUCCAGAACUCAUAUUAAAUCCAAUGCAUAUAGCACGUAAUGAAAAUGAAAAAAUUUUAAUUGAAUCAAGUAUAAAUUCAAUAAGAAUAUCUAUAAAGAUUAAACAAUCUGAUGAAAUUGAAAAUAUCUUGGUACAUAAAUUUACAAGAUUUUUAACUAGUAGAGCAGAGAAUUUUUUUAUAUUAAGAAGAAAACCUAUUACUGGUUAUGAUAUAAGUUUUUUAAUUACAAAUUUUCAUACUGAACAAAUGUUGAAAGAUAAAUUAGUUGAUUUUAUAAUUGAAUUUAUGGAAGAUGUAGAUAAAGAAAUUAGUGAAAUGAAAUUAUUUUUAAAUGCUAGAGCUAGAGUUAUUGCGGAAUCUUUUUUAAUACCUUUUGAUUAA